AUUCACAAUCAUUUAAUGUAGCUGGUAUUUGAUUAAUUCGCAUAUUUGCUGAGCAUUUUCUUUUUUUUUCCCGAAAUAUUUUUGGUUUGCAUAUUAUACUAAAUGUAUUUUAUGUUUGUAGCAUGGUGCAUGACAUCUAAAAAUGAGUCCCCCCCCUGUGGUUAAUGCAGCUCGGGACAUCAUUGUUUACAGACUGUGGUCACAGAUAUACAAAUAUUUGCUGUGGUAGUACAAGAGGAAGUAAAGUGGAGUAAGCGAGUUCAAGAUAGCGACUGAGGAGACCGUGGCAUGUAAAUAGCAUGGCUUUGUCAGCCAGCGAAGCUCGUUAACGUUUUCUGUUGAUUGAACCAACAACAGUCUGCAUUUCAGUACUUUUUGUUGUUGUUGCCAUUUACGCUGUCAACUGGCUUCGUGGUAUGGUACAAUUUUGUAAGAAUAUGGUUACGCGAAUUCUCCAGCUGAUAUUUUCAGACGAAGCUAAGAAGUCAACCAUACCGCGCUGAUAUCCUAAAAACAUACUGAGUCAUCCAUGUCACGAGGCAAGGGACAAGCUUGACCAGCUCCAUCUCCCUUGUCACUUGUCCAUCUCUCUGGUGUAUUCCAUUGUAUAGUCAGGAAAAUCACAACUUUUCUAACCAGAUAAGUUUUGCCUCCCCCAAAGAUAGAUUUGCUCUAGGUUGUAGCUGCAAUGUACUUUUGUUAAGGUUAAAUUGAUAUAUAUUUUGUGUAAAUAUCGUUAUCUUUUGUCAGAGGAAAUCUUGUAGAGUUUUUUUGAAAUCCACUCUGUCUUACAGUCUGAAUGACAUAAAACCGACAGAGUGACUGUGGAUUCUGCUGUAGCCGUCCAUUAACCCUGUUUUGCAAACUAAGGACACUGUUACUCAGGAAUACCAGGGAACUGAUUGUCGAGUAGAUUUCCCUCGAGGUUCUCCUAGAAGGUCACUGCCAACUUUUAAAGCCGUGAAUAUACUUAAUGUAAAGGGCUGAGUUUGUUUUUCUAUGCUUAUACAGCCUAAGCCUGAAGUAGUCUUUACCGACGACUUGGCCUUAUUUUCUAUUGAUUAAGUGCUAUAUUGAACAUUACCCAGCUAUGGCGGAUUCUGGCACAGAGAUAGUCAGAGGAGAUCUCCUGAGCGUUGUCAAAGAUGACUGCUCUCUGACAGAGGCCAUUUCUGAAGAGGGCGGCCUUACACCAGGGUCCUCUGUGGCUAAAGAAAGCCACAAAGCAGAACCCUUGGACCGUGAAGAUUCCACCAAAGUCCCAUCAGUCAAGACCCAAAUUAUGGAAGCAGAAGGUUCUGACAAACACAGUGGAACCGCACUCACGCCAGCCGCCACGUGUGCCGCCAUGUCUGAAAAUGACACAACAGAAGAAGCUCAAUCCACCCCGCAGAGCCAAACUCUGACCGAAGUGAACGGGGAGAGCUCAGAGGCCAUGUUUGGAAGGUCGGACGAGAAUAGCCAGUCGGCUACAAGCGACUCUCCCUCCUCCAUCCGCAGCCUGGAGUUCUUCGAGGGCAACACCGGGAAUGACGAGCCAUUGUCGUCCUACUCUGCCCUGGGAAACGAGGGCCGCUCCCCCUCUGCUGACGUCCCCGGCCUGGUCAGUGACGUCCUGGCUGCCGCAGCCACGGGAGGAGCCACCGCCGCCCCGGACCCAGAGCCCAUGAUGCCGGCCUACUACUUUGUGAAAUGGAUCACCUGGAAGGAGAAGAAGACACCCAUCAUCACGCAGAGUGAGAACGGGCCCUGUCCCCUACUGGCCAUCAUGAACACCCUGUUUCUGCGCUGGAAGGCCAAGCUACCCGCCCAAACAGAAGUAGUCACCACAGAGGACCUGAUGGCUCACCUUGGGGAGUGCGUAUUGUCCAUCAAACCCAGGGAGGAGGCUGAGGGAAUGGAGCUCAACUUUCAGCAGAACAUGAGCGAUGCCAUGGCAGUUCUGCCAAAGCUGUCCACGGGCCUUGACGUCAACGUGCGCUUCACAGGUGUGUCGGACUUUGAGUACACACCAGAGUGUAUCGUCUUUGACCUGCUGGAUAUCCCACUCUACCAUGGCUGGCUGGUGGACCCUCAGAGCCUUGAGAUGGUGGCAGCGGUGGGAAAGCUAAGCUACAACCAGCUGGUAGAGAAGAUCAUUGGCUACAAGCAUUCGGACGACAGCAGCCGUGUCAGUGAAGGUUUGGUGGCAGAGCAGUUUCUGGAGUCCACAGCGACCCAGCUAUCGUACCACGGACUUUGUGAGCUCAACACUACAGUCAAGGAGGGCGAGCUGUCUGUAUUCUUCAGAAACAACCACUUUAGCACUAUGAUAAAGCACAAGGGCCACCUGUACCUGUUGGUGACAGACCAGGGCUUCCUGCAGGAGGAGGGGCUGGUGUGGGAGAGCCUACACAACGUGGAGGGCGACGGCAACUUCUGCGACUCAGACUUCCGCCUGUGCCACCCGCCCCAGAGGAGCGUCCUCGUGACACAGCCCGACAAUCUCACGCCCCAGCAGCAGCAGAGACAGAUCGACCAGGACUACCUGGUGGCCAUGUCUCUGCAGCAGCAGCAGGGGGCGGCCCCGGGGCCCGUCAGUGACCUGGACCUGGCCAGACGGCUGCAGGAGGAGGAGUACCAGCAGCAGCAGCAACAAGGUCCCUCCCAGGCCCCAGCACAGCAGGUGAGAGGUCAAGUGGCAGCCAAGCCGGGAGGUCAGAGGAGACGGGAGAAAAAGGAUGAUUCCGACUGUGCCAUAUUAUAGCGACACCUAAACUUACCCUAGUCCCCAUUAGCCUGCACUUCAUUGCAUUAAGCCAACCCCUAACACACACACACACACACAGUUAGGGGAUUGUGCCCCUGCCAUCUCAAUGCCAAACUCACCCUUCACACUAAACCUAACCUCGAGGUUGUACCUCACUCACUACCUCCCCAUUUCUCACCCUUGUUCUUCUUUGAACAUCCAGGCCAGAAAGUGGCAGUACUAGUCCCGCUUUGCUAGACCACAGAAUAGUAUCUAAACGUGAAUUGAGGCUGCAGAGAGGAAAUCCAACGCAGUUAGUUGGUUACAGCAGCUGGGAAUCAUCCAAGACACGUCACAACCCAGGUAGAGUCACACAUCAGGGGUCGUCUUCUAUUCAGCUAUCACUGCCCCUCUUGAGGAAUAUGAGAGAAGUUUGUAACUGUGGUCUGGUUUGGUUUCUAUGGCAACGAGGCAGGCAGUGGUCUGAUUUGUAAGAUAAGUGGACAGAAAGUGAAGGUCUAAAUUUUAAAGGGAAGUCACUACAGCUCUGACCAACUGAUGCAUCUUAAUGGCUGAUGCAACUUUUGAAAUGGCAAAGAGUCGCCUUAGAAAGCCCUGUUUUUAAGCAAACUGUCGGGUAGUCGUCAUCUGACGCAUUUAAGCCAUGAUGGAAACUCGAGUACAUUCCUGUCCUAUACAGAACAAUGCACAAUUAUGCCUGGGUGGAGAAGCGGACUCUGCAAGCCCGAGGAACGAACGAAGAGAUGGCCUUGAGGGCCGUGUUCCCCAAAGUCCUAUCUGCUAGAGUAAGCAUGGGCUUUACUUUCGCUGUCAUAAUGGUGUACUAUGCUGUAGUUAGUAGCAGGGAGGAAUUAUACAGAAGUAGAAUGGUAUGGGCAGUGAAGGGGUUCUGCUGGAGCAUCUUUUGUGGAUGACUUUUAAGAUCAGUGGGGGGUUAAAGAUGACUAUAUGGGAAUAAGAGUCGCAUUAAAGGUCCAAUGCAGCUGUUUUUAUCUCAAUUUUAAAUAAUUGCUAGGUAAGAAUUUAAAUGGUCAAAAAGAAACAAAUGGCUUCUUAGGAAAGAGCAAUUUCUGGAGCAAGAAUUUUGAUAGGACUGUCUGUCUGCGAGUGGUCUGAGUGGGGAGGGGAAACCUGAAAAUUAGCUGAGAGGUUUGGAACUCUUUCUUAUUGGUCUAUUAACCCAUUUCAGGCAGGCCAAAAUUUCAUCCCACCACCACAGGCUAAUAUUUCUGAAUUUAACAGUAUUAUUCCAACAUCAGUGUGGAAAUAUAUAUAUAUAUAUAUACACAUACACUGAACAAAAAUAUAAAUGCAACAGUUUCAAUAAUUUUGAAGUUACAGUUCAUAUAACGAAAUCAGUCAAUUGAAAGAGAAAUAAAUUAGGCCGUAAUCUAUGUAUUUCACAUGACAGGGCAGGGGUGCAGCCAUGGUUGGACCUGGGAGAGCAUAGGCCCACCCACUUGGGAGCCAGGCCCAGCCAAUCAGAAUGGGUUUUUCCCAACAAAAGGGCAUUAUUACAGACAGACAUUAUGGUAGAGAAAUUAACAUAACAUUUUCUGGCAACCGCUCUGGUGGACAUGUCAGCCAUGCCACUCAACUUGAUACCUCUGUGGCAUUGUGUGACAAAACUGCACAUUUUAGUGGCCAUUAAUUGUCCCCAGCACAAGGUGCACCUGUGUAAUGAUCGUGCUGUUUAAUCAGCUUCUUGAUAUGCCACACCUGUCAGAUGGAUGGAUUAUCUUGGCAAAGGAGAAAUGCUCACUAACAGGGAUGUAAACUAAUUUGUGCACAAAAUUUGAGAGAAAUACACUUUUUGUGCAUAUGGAAUAUUUCUGGGAUCUUUUACUUCAGCUCAUGAAACAUGGGGCCUACACUUUACAUGUUGCGUUAAUAUUUUUGUUCAGUCUACAUAAGACAGGUAAAUCACGUUUUUGACUGCACUGGGCCUCCAAGCAAAUCUGGCGCUUGAAGCAACUAUGAGAAGUCUGCAUUUGAUUUACAGUACUUAACGAAUAAAGUUCAGGCAGUUAAUUCAGUUUUGAGACGGUCGGUUACACAGGUCCUUUUGAAGUAGCUUUAGGGGGAGGGGCUUUUAUCAACACUACAGAAAUAGACCACACCUUGACGCCAAGUGUUAAUCGUCGCCACUUCUUGCUUUGAAUUUACUUUGUCAUGUCAGUAAAUUAAAAUCUAAACAAAUGA